UAUACGUUAUUUUGGAUUCCAAAUGAUACACUCGUCUCCAUAACGUUCGACAGUUGCGUACUAUCUCUAUCAAUCGGGAAACCAACUUUAGCUGAUAAUUUGACGCAGUGUGGUGCUGUAGUUUGUGUCGCAGAAACUGAAGUGUGCAGAGAGGAUAGUUUCUGCGAGUGUAAACCACACUUCGAAGAUCAAGGAUCCUUUCAAUGUGUGCCUUGCCCAGCCGAAGGACAGUACUGUCGGGGUUGUUGUAUCAGCGAUGCACUUACCUGUUAUCAUGGUGUUUGCCGGAGAUGCUCUUUGGAUAGCAAUGGAAAUUGCAUCAGCCAGGAGUCUCUGUUCUUCUUGACCGCUGCUCAGGUUGCACUGGCAACUGCUAUGGUGCUUGGUGUGAUUUCUCUAAGCUUUCUCUUGUACAAAACUCUCCGUAAUCGUCUGAGACGCAACAAUCAAGUGCUCGAGAGCGAAUUUCGCCAAUCUGUUGUUAGUCGAGUUUCUUUAUCAUCCAUACAACAACGCGUCAUUAGGCGCUUACGAGAUCGUCCACCCAAAUAUGAAACUCGGCAUAAUUACGAGUACCAACAGAGGCAAACGGAGAGACAGAUCAGUCAGCAGAGUUCAUCGGUCGAGCCUGAUAGACAAUCCAAUCCUGCCCCCGUAGGUGGCCCGCCUCCAGCGUACGAUGGUGAUACGAUAUCUUUAGCUGAAAAUCCGCCACCUUACACACAAGAACAAACUGAGAGAACGAGCAGUGGAAUAGCAGUAAUCGAUAUUCCCACGACCACCACAACCGAUCAUGGACUAUCCACGGAUUUGCCAACCGAUCGCACUUCCAGUAACCUUCAGGGUAUAACAAAUCAUGCGUUCGAACCCGAUAAACUCACUUCAUCGCAACCACAGAUCAUACAACCCUCCGAUAAUGGUGAAACGAAUGGACGUCCCAAGGAAGAAUGCUAUGAUAUUCCUCUAGUCAAUAGCAAUGAUAAGACGGUUUACAUGUAAAGGGUGUUGAUAAACAAAUUAGAAUAACUAAA